GGCAAUGGGCUGGUUUCCAGCUCGAGAUGUGUGGAAUGGGCUCUUGUGAAAGUAACUAAAAUAUGCAUGAGUGCGGGUGUAUAUAUAUAGCCACAAGGCAUUCAUUCCGCUGCUGUGUUGAAGCUAGUUAGUGCUCUCCUCGCCUUCCUGGAAUCUGUGCUGGCUUGUUUGCUGAUUGCUGACUCUGCUCGAACAAGAGACGGCUUCAGUAAUCUCUUUUGAGAGGCACUGGGAAUGCACGCAGAACAGAAUGGACUCGUUUGUCGGUCUCUGCCUGAAGUCCUGGGGCCUGUAAUGAAGUAGCCACUGUUCUUUUCCCAGUAACGGCCUUCCUCCCCACCUCCCCACCUUGAAUGUGCAGACACUUUUGGGGAAACAGAAAGGCACUAUCUUCGAUAAAAUGAUGCAUUUCAACGAACUGUGCCGGUUCUGUGAUAUGGAGCCUACUAAUUGCACCAAUACUGGCUCCUGCAUAAGUAACUGCAACAGGUCCUCCAUCUGCGAGAACAGGGAUGAAGUGUGUGUCUCAAUCUGGAGGAAGCAAGAUGCCAAUGUGACUAUAGAAACUCUGUGCCACGAUCCAGCAAAGCCUCUGUAUGGGCACAUGCUGGAUGACUACAAUAAUACGAGAUGUGAGAUGAAAGAAAAGAAGGCUGAAGGUUCGGUGUUCUACAUUUGCUCGUGCUCAAAGGAGGCAGAAUGUAAUGACAAGCUGAUAUUCACAGAUGAUAUCCCAGUGGACGUGGAAUCUAUCACCAAAGUGAUCCUCGUCACUCUCAUCCCACUGCUCGUCAUUGCUUUAGUGGUGACCCUCGGUUAUUACUUGUACCGGGUCCAGAGGCAGAAGACCCUGAACAGAGAGUGGGCAAAGGAUCAGAAGGUCAAGAAGGCGGGUCAUCGGAUCCGGGGGCCGAUUGACCGGAGCGAAGGUUGCACCAUCCGCCUGGACGAUGACCAGUCUGACAUCAGCUCCACCUGCGCCAACAACAUUAACCACAACACCGAACUGCUGCCCCUGGAGCUGGAUGGCAUCGUAGGCAAGGGCCGCUUCGCCGAGGUCUACAAGGCCAAGCUACGGCAGAGCACCUCUGAACAGUUUGAGACUGUGGCCGCGAAGAUCUUCCACUUCGAUGAGUACGUGUCCUGGAAGAACGAGAAGGAGAUCUUCUCUGACGUCAACCUGAAGCACGAGAACGUGCUGCAGUUCCUGACGGCAGAGGAGCGGGAUACAGAAAUGGGCAAGCAGUACUGGCUGAUCACCGCCUAUCACCCCCAGGGCAACCUGCAGGACUACUUGAUGAGGCACGUUGUGAGCUGGGAGGAUCUGUGCCUGCUAGGAGGGUCGCUGGCCAGGGGGAUCGCCCACUUGCACAGUGAAUACACCCCCUGUGGCCGGCCAAAGAUUCCCAUUGCCCACCGGGACCUCAAAAGCUCCAACAUUCUAGUGAAGAAUGACAUGACUUGUUGCCUGUGUGACUUUGGCUUGUCAUUGCGGUUGGAGUCAUCUCUGUCAAUAGAUGACUUGGCUAACAGCGGGCAGGUUGGCACAGCCAGAUAUAUGGCCCCUGAAGUGCUGGAGUCGCGCAUUAAUUUGGAGGACAUUGAGGCGUUUAAGCAGACAGAUGUGUACUCGCUGGCACUCGUACUGUGGGAAAUGGUAUCGCGAUGUACAGCUGUUGGCGAAGUGAAAGAUUACGAGCCAGCCUUCGGUUCCAAAGUCCGGGAGCAUCCGUGUGUGGAAAGCAUGAAGGAUGUUGUUCUCAGGGAUCGGGGCAGGCCGGAGAUCCCCAACAGCUGGCUCAAUCACCAGCUUGUCCAGCAGGUGUGUGAGAUUAUUGUGGAAUGCUGGGAUCACGAUCCCGAAGCCCGCCUCACCGCCCAGUGCAUAGUGGAACGUUUCAAUGAUUUGGAGCAAAUGGACAAGCUCUCUGGUCGGAGCUGCUCUGAGGAGAAGAUUCCGGAAGACUGCACCGUCAGUGAGACCAAGCAGAACCUGAAGGCGGUCACCGUGGUGUAAGAUCCUGAGUACAGUCACCGUGGUCAACUGACUGAGUGGGAGAAACAACCCAGAGCAGAUAACAAGGAAUUUGUACCAGAAGGGAGAGUUUGAUGUCCUACAGGAGCAAUUCUGUGCCUCUUACUGACGGACAAGUAGUUCUUCACAACUACAGUGGAAUUCUGGGAGCAGGAACCUAGGCCAGAAUUUCUGACUUGUUCCAGGCAUAUUCUGAUUGGUAACUGCUCAGGAAGCCAAAGGUUCCAUCUUGUAACCAUUAAUUGUGCACUUUAUUAAUAUAUGUGUAUAUAUAAAGUACAGGUAUAUAUCUUGAGGAACUUUUUUAUAUUCAAAGUAUCAUAAUCAUGUGUGCCUGUUAAGAGUUGUAUGCAGCAAUAUGGCACUUGUAAUUUCUAUUCCCUCAAAAAAAAUCGUAUUUUGUUCUUUUCUGCAUUGGUUUUUGUACAGUGUAGGAACCAAUUUGUCUGGAACAGCAAUGGAAAUAGGAAUCAAACACCAAAAAAAAAACAGAUUGCUGCUAGAUGGAUGAAUUUAAGCAAGAGGUAAAGAUCAUAAAGGGAAGGGGAAGUCGAGGAACAAGACCUAUAGAUCUGGGGUGUGAAAGUGGGUGAUCAGGCUGCUGGUGGCCUCUGUCGUCCUCUCGCUGGAGAGUGGAACUGGUCAAAUGUGAAAUAAAACCAGAUCUCAUUGGAGCGUUGGGUUGCAAUUUAGCGGGGAAGACUGAUUCACCUGAAGUGGUGGGAAGCAAUCCUCGGGAUGAUGGUAAUGACAUUAAUGCUUCUACUUGAGUGCCCCUUAAAUGUGAGUCUGGAGCCUUUGGUGCGGAGUCCAGGAGAAAGUUUCAUCUGAAGUACCACAGCCUCAAGAAGCGAGCUGUAAGGUUCUAGAUGCAAAAGGAAUCAGGUGCAGAGAGUGGAGUGGCUUUGAGGUAAAAGAUUAGCUGUGAUUUCAUUGAGCAACAGAGCCAAGUGGUUUCCAGUUUCUUGUACAGCCAAUUGUUUGCUCUGCAGCAAGAAAAUACAGCAACAAUUUGGAAGCCCCAAAUGCCUGCUGUAUAACGUGGCACAGAGAUCAGGCAGGUGAAGCUGGGUCACUCAGGCAGGCAGGCCACAUUAUUUUUUUUAAUGCUGCAACUGGCUUUGGCAUCUCUAUGCUGUGGUGCGGGCGGUGGGGGGGAUGUGUUGGGGGUGCUUAUAGGGUCCCUGAGCUUAGGGGAUGUGUUGGGACUGGACUAGAUUUCAGUUUGCUGCAGUGUGCGCGCUGGGUUAGUCUGGUUUUGUUGUCCAGCUGGAGUUCGCCUGGGUACAACUGAGUCCCAAAGGUGGGUAUUUGGAGGGGUUAACUGGCUGCUGUAAAUUGCGGGGAGAAUAAGAAUGGGGUGACUGUAGGAUUGGUGUAACAAGGUGAUUGAUGGCCAGUGUGAACUUACUGGGCUGACAGGCCUGGUUUCAUGGCAUAUCUCUCUGUGACUGUUAAGAGUUGGCCACAGUGGUGUGAGACUGGAAUUGCCUUCCUGGGUGAAGGGCAGCAAGUAAUGUCCUUCAAAAAGAUAGGUGAAUUAGCAGAGAUUUUAUGGUAAUCCUGUAGCUCCACAAGUCAUUCAGCACUGAAUAGCUUUCGUGAUGACUCUUAUUUGUCACAGGUGCAGCUGGCCAGUAAUGUGACCUGGAAGAAGCUAAGAGCCUUCAAGUCACUCAGAAACUGCAUAUAGAAGGGGAGGGAAGAAAGCUAAGAAUUAACUCCCAACACCAUUCUCACAGAUACAUUGCAUUGGUAUUUAAUUUCGUAAAGUACCCAAUGAUUGCUCAGUAGCCAAUCAGAAUUGUAGGUUUUUUUAAAAAAAAGUGCUCAGGUUGAUGAACAUAUCCAAACCUCAAAUGAUCUGAGAUCUUCUGAAGAAGAUUUUGCAGAUGCUUGAAAUCUUGAGCAACACACACAAAAAUACUGAGGGAACUCAGCAGGUCAGGAGGGGAAUAAACAGUUGACAGUUUGGACUGACACGCUUCAUCAGGACUGGAAAGGAAGGGGGCAGAAACCAGAAUAAGGUAGUGGGGAGGGGGAGAGAGGGAAGAAGUUCACCCCAGUCUUACUGGAGUACAUGAGGUGCAAUAGAGCACCAGACCUCUGGUCUUCAUGCAUUCUCGUCCUGAUUGGUGUUGGAAUGUGGUUUGUAUCUUGUUUUACUGUAUUAUCUACAAUUGGUCAUAUUUCUAAACUUCUUAACCAGGUGUAUUGAACAAAAAAAAUCCAAAAUUUCCCCAUUUCCAUAGUCCUAUUUAGCCAAGCAAAAGUUUAUCACCAGAAGCUGAGAUGAGGAUCUUAGAAAGCUAGCUCCAAUUUGAUAUUAUGUGAAGGAUGCGUAACUUAGUGAAGUAUAUAUCAGGGCCUGUUCAGUUCUGUGAUCAUGUAUUACUCCCCUCAAACUAAUAAUGUUGAAGUACUCUGGUAUGAAUUGAUCAACAAGUCACUAGAGCAUUAAUAGUCCAAUAAAACCAGUAGCUUUCUGGUGCAACCAGGUCUUAAAAUAGAAAAAAAACCCCCGCAUUAUUCUGGUCCCCACAAAACUGACAGAUUCUUGUCAAUCAGUAAUGGACGAAAACGGGGAAAUACUGUGCUACUUGAAGGAGCAACAUGGUAGCUUAGUGGUUAGCAUAACGCGAUCACAGCACUAGCAACCCGGGUUUGAUUCCCGUCCUGUCUUUUUUGUGGGUUUCUCCCCACGUUCCAAACGCGUGUGGUUGCUAAGGUUACUGGUCACAUGGGUAUCGACAGCGACAACCUCUGCUUCAUUGGACUGUGUAAAUAGCAUGGGCCAAUCUGGAAUUGCAACUGAUAGGAGGGUAAUCCAGGGCCAAUAAGAGUGAGAUGUGCAAGAUGCUGAUUGUAUAUUCUCCGAUUUACCAAAAUUUAUGGAGUAAUCUCAGGCAGAUGGUUAAAAGAUUGGAUAAGAUUAAGACAUUCCAACUGUGUUGGGAGAAUUCAGGAAAAGCUGCUAUUUGUACUAACAUCAGAGCUAAGCUGUUCAGAAUUAUCAGGAAACACACUCUGUACACAGAGUGGUGAAAAUCAAAGGCUUGCAUAAAGCUGCUGAGGUUAUACCCACUGAAAACUUUUUUUUUAGGUGAUGGUAUUAAAGGUUUAGGAAUGAAGGGAAAUAAACGGGUUUCAUUCCACGUUCAAGGAGACUUGAUAGCACAGGCUCAAAUCAAUUGAUUUGCAUUGUUGUCUUCCUAUACUUUCAGAAUUCAAUUAAAGUUAGUUGUCUCGCCUUCUGUCCAGGAAUGUACAUGUUGUAUUAAUAUUUGGAACUUCACAGGUUUAAAAAAAAACAUAUUGCAAAACAUGAGCUGCACGUUUGUACACAAAACUGACCAUAUAAAUUACAACCAUGAUAUUGGCUUUGUGGGCCUUGGAGAGUAAUUCAUCAUUUCGGGCAUAUAAGUUGCUUGAAUGUAUUUUUUUAGAAAAUUUGUUGCUAUAUAUAAUCCUUUUAUAUGUUUUUUGUAAAUGCUGGAGUUGUCAACUUGCAUUAAAACUAUUUUAUAUAGCACUUAAUAUAAGUGACAUUUAUAUAAGGAGGUAAUGUUUCAUAGGAUAAAAUUAUCUAACAGCUUUUUUUGAAAGUAUUUUCAAUAAAAAUGGUAUUAAAGGGAUUUCAUGUCAAUGUCGGGACAAAAGCUAUUGUAUACUGUUGCCUCUAUGUAGCAGGUUUUGUAUGUUGACUGAUGUAUUUUUUUUACGAUCUUCAAUUGUCCUAAUAGGAAUGUGUGCCAUUCAUUCUUUGGUACAAGGAAUCUGGUCUUCAAUAUCCACCUCCAAAAGUGAGGCAGAAUUAGUAUGAUCAAACAUGCGCCAUAAUUUCUCAUGUUGAGUGUAUGCAUUGGCUGCUACUUUGAAUGCAACUUCAUUAAUCUGAUAACAAUCUGUCUCUUUCCAUUUGAAGCAUCAAGCUUUAUGAGCCAUUGUAAAACACCUUGCCAAGUGACAAUAAUCCUGGGCCACUCAGUGAAGGGAGAACUGUCAUCUAUUGUAUUGAUUUGCAAGCACUAUUUGAUAGUUUGUAUGGAUGCUUUUCCUAACUCUGCAUAGGACUGUUUCACUUCAAUCCUCCAUAAGCCAGUCAUACAAAAUGCUGCUGCUUGUGUAUCCUAUUGUGUCCCAUCUUGUUCUUCCAUCUCCCUAUGCUCAUUUACCUGUAUCGCUCCUGAGUUAAUCAAUUUUUAAAAAUUCCCAUCCUUGUUUUUAAACUCCUCUAUGGCCUUACUCAACUCAUCCUCUGGAACCUUCUCCAGCCUCGAGCUCCAACAAGCUCAAUCUCCUCCAGGGCAAAAUGACAGCUUUGGUUGUUACUGUUGUACAUGCACCAUUCAUCCCCUCCAUCACCGACAGACACAGUUCCUCACCUGGUUGCCAGUAACGGCAACUCCCCAAACCUGUGAUAUCUGUGACCAGGUCCAUGGGGAUACCACCAUCUGCGGGUCCCCCACCAAGACCUGCACCACCCUAAUUUGCAAGACUGCCACAGUUUGAGGGCAGUCAAUGAUGGGAAAUCAAUGCAUUCCUUGCCAGUAAUGUCCAGCUUCUCCAGUUCUGCUCUCUUCAUCAUCCAUAAUUUAAUCCUUCCACUACUUAGCCUUUCUGGAAUUCCCUACCUAAACUCAUCUCUGUACAAUUCUUACCUUCCUUUAUGACAUUCUCCAAAUGCUGAAUUUGGCCCCAAUAUUGCAAUGGACUUGGUAUCAAAUGUUGCUUGAUAUUGUUCUUGUGAAGUGCCUUGGGACAUUCUACAA